AUGACUGCAUACAGUUUUCCCGUCUCCGAGCGGUCAGCAGAGCGGCCAGGCGAGCGGUCAGGCGAGCGGCCAGGAGAGCGGCCAGGCGAGCGACCAGGCGAGCGGCCAGGCGGGCGGCAAGGUCCACGGCCAGGCGAGCCGGCGCUCAGAGGCGGCGCUCAGAGCCGGCGCUCAGAGCCGGCGCUCAGAGCCGGCGCUCAGAUCCGUUGCUCAAAGCCGAGCGGCGAGGCGAGCGCCCAGGCGAACGGCAAGGCGAGCGGCCAGGCAAGCGCCCAGGCGACCAGCCAGGCGAGCGGCCAGGCGAGCAGUCAGGCGAGCGGCCAGGCGAGCAGCCGGGCGAGCGGCUGGGCGUGCGGCCAGGCGAGCGGCCAAGCGACCGGCCAGGCGUGCCGCCGGGCAAGCGACCAGGCGAGCGGCCAGACGAGAGGCCAGGCGAGCGGCCCAGCGAGCCGGUGCUCAGAGCUGGCGCUCGGAGCCGGCGUUUAA